CUCAAGUCGUUCGCAGGGCGGCGGCCGGCACAGCAGAUCGCUGAGGCCCGAGUCAAAUCUACUGGCACGGGCUCGCUGGAGGACAACUCCGUGGUCGGCGGCGAGGGCGCGCGCGCAGCGCGCUCGAGGACGUCUUGAUAUUCCGGCUGGCCGUCCAGGCAAAACAGUUCUUGCGAUGGCGGAGGUUGUCGGCACCGUCAUGAAGGUGUCUGGACCGCUGGUGGUGGCCGAGGGCAUGUCCGGCACCAAGAUGUACGAGGUGGUGCGCGUCGGCAAGGACAGGCUGGUGGGAGAGAUCAUCCGGCUCGAGGC